AGUGCUUGAGUACAGCGCAAGCGCAAAGUCGUCAAGUGCUGACUGUUUCUCGAACUUUAUACUGUACUGUAUUUCAGUUUAGUGCGUAUUUUAUUCGACGAAGGUUCAGCAAGUCUCUAAGGUCGCGUUAUAGGGUGUAUUGCGUAUUUGCGCGUUGAAUCUCUGAAUCUACUUGGUGGAAAUUAAUUUAUUUCAAAAAAGUUUGUUUUUGUGGUAAAUUUAAAAACUGUAAAAUGUUCAGCGGAAUUGCAGACAAGAACCUCGGCGCUUUCCGAAGCAUCGGUGAGAAAACGGCUUCUCUGUUCGAGCGUAAGAAGAAGGAUGCAGAGCAGAUCGCAGCUGAAAAGGCGCAAGAGGCCGCCCACGUGGUCGAGGAACAAGUCAAGAAGGCAGGAGAAAUGAUUGGCGGGGCGCAACAGAAUGCCAGCCAAGCGGCAGACGCAGCCUCUAACACCAAGAAUGCAGCCAUCGAUGCUCUGGAUAAAGAGUUGUCGAAGGUGUCCCUCGCAGCUGGUGUAGCUGUGGACGCCGCCAACAAGGCAGCGGCUGAUGGAAAGAAAGCCAUCGAGACAACUAAAGACACACUCGCAACAACAGUCGACAACACAAAGAAAGCCGCAGAAUCCGCUUACAGCACAACUAAAGAUACUGUAAGUAGCACGGUUGAAGGUACUAAGACUUUAGCACAAUCUGCAAUUGAUACCAGUAAAAGUUAUGUUGGAAGUGCAAAAGAUACCGUAGCGAAUGUUGCACAAAGCACUGUAGAUACAGCACAAAAAUCCGCUUAUUCAGCGUUUGAAACUGGAAAAUCAUAUGCCACUACUGCAAAAGAUUCUGUAGCAAACACUGUCGGUAGUACAGUAGAUACGACACAAAAAGCUGCACAAUCGGUUCUAGAGACAGGAAAAACGUAUGCAACAAGUGCAAAAGAUACCGUAGCAAAUACAGUGUCUAGUGCCGCGGAUACGACACAGAAAACGGCAAUGUCCGCAUUCGAAACUGGUAAAUUGUAUGCGACAAGUGCAAAAGACAAAGUGUCUACCGCCUUAAGUAGUACCGUGGAUACAGCACAGAAAACAACACAAUCUGGGCUUGAUACUGGGAAAUCUUAUGCUACUAGUGCACAAGAUAAAGUAUCAAACGCAUUGAAUGCUACUGUCGAUACAACGCAAAAAACAGCGCAAUCCGCUCUUGAUACAGGGAAGGCAUAUGCUGCUACUGCUAAAGAUACCGUGGCUGGUUCAGUUAACACUACUGUAGAAGGAACGAAAAGCGCAGUUCAUUCUGCCGUUGAUACAUCUAAAUCUUAUUUAGAUUCUGCUAAAGAAUCAUCUCAAAUAUCUGCACAAAAUACGCUUGACGCUUCAAAGAGCUAUGUUACCUCGAUGUUUGAUGUAGGCAAGGCAUAUUUAGACACCGCUAAAGAUACAGUACAAAAUACAAUACAAAGUACAGUAGACACGACAAAAAAUGCUGCACAAAAUGUAGUUGAAACUGGCAAGACUUGUGUUGAUACCACUAAAGAUACGGUGGCCAGUACAGUAGACACGACCAAAAAAGCUGCCACUGCUGCAGUAGACACGGGUUUUUCUUAUAUCGGAGCUGCGAAAGAUACAGUAGUUAAUACGGUUACCAGCACAGUAGAUGCAACAAAAAAUGUUGCUGCUUCAGCUAUUGAUAAAAGUGUAGGUUUUGUAGGAGCUGCCAAAGAUACAGUAGUUAACACAGUUGGCAGCACAGUAGAUGCAACUAAAAAUUUUGCUGCUUCAGCUGCUGAAAAGAGUGCAGCUAUUGUUGGUGGAGCCAAAGACACCGUACUUGAUACAGUAGAUACAACUAAAAACGUAGCCGCAUCUGCAGUAGAUAAAGGCGUAGGUUUCGUUGGAAGUGCCAAAGACAGUGUAGUUAACACGGUAGCCAGCACAGUAGAUACAACUAAAAACGUAGCCGCAUCUGCAGUAGAUAAAGGCGUAGGUUACGUUGGAAGUGCCAAAGACAGUGUAGUUAACACGGUAGCCAGCACAGUAGAUACAACUAAAAAUGUUGCUGCUUCAGCAGUUGAUAAAGGUGCAGCUAUGGUAGGAACUGCCAAAGAUACAGUAGUUAACACAUUUGGCAGCACAGUAGAUGCCACUAAAAAUAUUGCUGCUUCAGCUGCUGAAAAGAGUGCAGCUAUUGUUGGUGGAGCCAAAGACACCGUACUUGAUACAGUAGAUACAACUAAAAACGUAGCCGCAUCUGCAGUAGAUAAAGGCGUAGGUUUCGUUGGAAGUGCCAAAGACAGUGUAGUUAACACGGUAGCCAGCACAGUAGAUACAACUAAAAACGCAGCCGCAUCUGCAGUAGAUAAAGGCGUAGGUUUCGUUGGAAGUGCCAAAGAUACAGUAGUAAACACCGUUGGUAGCACAGUAGAUGCCACUAAAAAUAUUGCUGCUUCAGCUGCUGAAAAGAGUGCAGCUAUUGUUGGUGGAGCCAAAGACACCGUACUUGAUACAGUAGAUACAACUAAAAACGUAGCCGCAUCUGCAGUAGAUAAAGGCGUAGGUUUCGUUGGAAGUGCCAAAGACAGUGUAGUUAACACGGUAGCCAGCACAGUAGAUACAACUAAAAACGUAGCCGCAUCUGCAGUAGAUAAAGGCGUAGGUUUCGUUGGAAGUGCCAAAGAUACAGUAGUAAACACCGUUGGUAGCACGAUAGAUGCAACUAAAAAUGUAGCUGCAUCUGCAGUAGAUAAAGGUGCAGCAUUUGUUGGUUCUGCUAAAGAUACGGUCUCAAGCUCUGUUAGUAGCACAGUAGACACGACGAAGGACGUAGCUAGUGCUGUUGUAGACAAAGGGUCUUCUUUCUUUGCAGGCGCUAAAGAGUUUGUUCAAACGAAAAUUGGAGCAACAGAAAAAGACGAAGUACCAACAGAAUGUGAUGAUUUAGAUGAAGAUACAGCCGACACCAUCAACACUACUGUAGACACGGCAAAGAAGGCAGGAGAAGAGGCGAAGGCGCAGGCUGUGAAGGCCGCCGAGGAAGCCAAGGAGAAGGCCCGGCUCGCUGCUGAGGCCGCCAAGAAGGAAGCCACGAGAGCCUCCAAUGCGGUAGUGGAAGAAACUAAGAAGGCAGCAGAGAAAGCCGCAACUGACGCCAGUAACGCUGUACACAGUACUGUUGACAACACGCUGAAGCGCGUGGAGGACGCCGCCGACCAGGGCCUCAAGAAUGCCAGUAACGUACUAGACGCCAAGAUCAAGAACGCCGACAAGUACCUCGGCGAGAAGCAAGCUGCGCUGGUAACAAACAUUUCGUCCGCGGCGAAUGAAGGCGAACAAGGAGCCGCUGGCCUGUUCAGCAAGGGAUUGGCAACCUUCUCUAAAUAAACCUCAUAAAUGGAGUAAAAAAAACUUCUUAAAUGUCUAAAAAAAAA